AUGGAUUUGGCCGUUAGCACCAAGGAGGGCUGCACAGAUAACAAUACACGCCACAUUUCUUCCGCCGAAGAAGCAGAUUCAUACUAUCUGCUCUUCAGCAACUUUGAAGAAAUGACCAUUGCAAUUGUACAGCCGGUAAUCCUCGCGUUUGGGUUGAUCGGUAACAUCGGCUUUCUGCUCACCGUGGCCCGCGUCCCCAGCAUGCGGACGGCCACCAAUUUCUACCUGUCUAACCUGGCUGUCGCGGACAUGAUGUUCCUGCUCAUCACAAUCGGUUCCAGAAUACGAGCUUAUGUCAUGUACGGCCUGCCGAAUGACAUGCCCUUGAUGGGCCGAGUCGGCUGCGUCCUGCAGAUGUUUUGGAAGUACACUUUCAACUUUGCCGGUCUGAUUCUGAUCACGUUUAUCUCAUUUGAGAGGCACAUGGCCGUGUGCCACCCGCUCCGCCACCGAGUGAAGAGAAGUCGCAGCCGCUCCGUCAAACUGACGGUUGCCUGUUGGAUCGUAGCAAUGUUACUUGCCCUUCUUGUUAUCCCUUCCAAACUAAAUUUCAAACAGUACUGUUUCUCAUGGAAUACCGAAGAUCCAAGACUUCACGAGAAGUUUCCGGGCAUCAUUGGUCAAUGUCAGGGCGUGGAGGGACUAUGGCCCAUCCAAAUGUUCUAUGUUACCCAGACCGUGCCGUUCUUCUUUGCGCUCUUUGGUAACGCAUACUUCUACACUCGCAUCCUACUGAAGCUCCACCAGCGUGACAGGCACGUCCGACAGCGCACCAUCCGCACCCGUAACCAGGUCGCAGUCAUGUUGGUCGCCAACGGAACGGUCUUCUUCCUCACCACAAACUCCUUCGAAGUGACCUCUGUGAUCCUCUUCGUUCAAAGUUUCUUGACGGAAUAUCUCAUCAAGCCCGAACAUUCAAACACACUGUUUGAGAUCAACCGCAUUCUCGUCUACACCAACUCUGCCGUAAAUCCCCUCGUGUAUACACUAACAAACACCAGCUAUCGGCGGGCUUUUAGGAGGGCGUUCGCGCUCGGCUAUUGGAGGAACCGCAGACAGAAACAUAGCCCCACCGUAACCACCUUGAUGACCCAUGAUAUGUACCAAAUCAACAGACAUUUUCCUUCUGGGAACCAGACGCCUGCGCCUGCAGUGAACAUGCCACUGUCGGGAGACACUAUCUAA